AUGUUGUCCUUGUUGUCUGUGAAGGUAGAAGGUGAUCCAUAUCUCAAAGACCAGACAGUCUCAUUCAAUGAGGGAUUCAAUACCAUCUCCGGAGUCAAUGGAUCGGGAAAAACCCUUCUGGUCCACGCAAUCCGCUUCGGAUUAAACGGGAAAUCGGAUGAUUCUUUCUACACUUUCUCUGGAAGGGUCACACUUCGCUUUCAUCUUCCCAAUCGAUCAGAAGUGGAAUACUCCAAAGCUGCCGGACGGAUGACUCGUUAUUGGAUUGAUGGAAAAGAAGUUUCAUCCGAGCAAUACGCGGAAGGCCUGGAAGAAAUCGGAAUCACACCGAUUAUGAUUGGAGUGAUGGUACCUGGCGUUGGAUGGGGAAAGAUGGGCACCUCGACCGACAAAGAACUUUCGAUGUUCAUUGAAAAAACUAUGCAAAAUGGACAAAAAAUGAAAGGAGAGUGUGAUAUUUUGAAGAAGAAGAUAAGAAUAUCGAUGGGAGCCGCCGCUCCAAAAGGAAUUCAAAAACCGUCGAAAACCACUAAUGAAUUGCAAAAGGAGCUCGCCGCGGCCAAGAAGAGAAGAAGUAACGCUCUCAACAGACGUAUCAAUACCAUGUCGUCAAAUGUUGAUGAACUCUAUAAGAUGCUCAACGGCAAUGCAAACCAAAUGGCGGCUUCAUUCCGACCGGAAAAUCCAGAGGAGCCAUAUGCUGGAGUCGAAAUGGUACUGGAUCAAGGAUAUGGGAUAAUGGAACCGUCGAAUCUUUCGGGAGGAGAGAUGAAGAUUGCCAGCAUCGCAAUCAAUCUUGCUGCCGUUCGGGUGCUCCAAUGCCCGUUCGUCAUUUAUGAUAACUUCGAUGAAAACUUCUCGAGGGAAUCAUGUAACUCGGUCGGGAUGGCAUUCCGUGAACUUGUCGAAAGUGGAAAUCUUCAAAUCAUUGCGGUUUGCAAGCAGGAUGCCAUGAGGAACCAAACGCCGCACACAUUUGAGAUGACUCUUCCAGAGGACGACUGA